GAGAGAUCUGUGGAAAGACUAGGCUCCUCUUCUUGGGAUGCAUAUACCUAGCCUCCUUCAAGGUUAAGUCGCCGUAGUUUAUCCGCCUUAUCUUAUCAGGUCGUCAAGAAAUGCGGACCUUAGCUCCCGCAACGGUCCACAACAGCUCCGGUACGCAGGCACGUAAGCAUCAUUGUGUACCUGAUGUACGUACCUACAAGGUACCUAGCUCUUUUAUUGUGCAACUUGACAUCACAGCAACUUUUCAUUCGGCUAUUUUAUGCGAAUACAAACUUCCUACCUAGACACACUUCUACAUUAUUCUCUUCCUUGAUUAAGUAACUCUGGAUCUGUCUAAGCUACGUAGAUAAUACAAGCUACAGCCAACACCUUGCCUUGUCCGGGCAAGCUUAAUUGAAAGAUGAGUGGCGGAUGGAAUACCAUUGAGUCGGAUGCUGGUGUCUUUACGUUUCUUCUCAACAAUCUGGGCGUCCAGGAUGUGCAGUUCGAAGAGCUGCUCACGCUAGAUCCGGAGGCGAUAGCCGAGCUCUACCCAGUCUACGGCGUUAUCUUUCUCUUCAAGUAUCCGACGGACACACCGUACACGUCGACCGACAAACCGCUCGACGGUGCCUUCGACCGCGACGCCGCCGAGAACUUGUGGUUCGCGGCGCAGACGAUACAGAAUGCGUGCGGGACGCAGGCGCUUCUAAGCAUGCUGAUGAACAGAGAGGAUAGCGAGGUAGAUAUCGGCGAGAAGCUAAGGGAGUUCAAAGAGUUCACGAUGGCGCUGCCGCCGGAGUUCAGGGGCGAGGCGCUGAGCAACAGCGAGCUGAUCCGCGACGCGCACAACAGCUUCGCCAAGAGCAGCCCGUUCGUGGACGAGACGCAGCGGCAGGGGGGCGAGGCGGAGGACGCGUUCCACUUCGUCGCGUACACGCCGAUCAACGGGACGCUGUACGAGCUGGACGGCCUGCAGCCGGCGCCGAUCACGCACGGCGCGUGCGCGUCGGCGGAGGACUUCCCCGCCAAGGUCAGCGCGGUCCUGCAGCGCCGCGUCGCGCGCUACGACCUCUCGGAGAUCCGGUUCAACCUCCUGGCGAUGGUGCGCGACCGGCGCGUCGCGGCGCGCGAGAUGGGCGACGCGGAGGCGCUGGCGCGGGAGGAGCGGAAGAGGCGCGACUGGCAGUUCGAGAACGCGCUUCGGAGACACAAUUUCGUCGGGUUCGCGGGUGCGGUGCUGAAGGGGGUUGUGGAGACGAAGAUGAGGGAGGGAGGCGAGGAGGCGUAUGCGCGCUGGGUCGAGGACGCGAAGGCGAAGACGAGGCUGAGGCUUGAGGGUAGGAAGAAAGGGGGCGGUGGGGACGUGGAGAUGGAAGGUUAGGGGUUAGGGGCUGGGAGAUGGGUUUGAUAAUGGGGUUUCCCCAUCGUGAGGUCUUGCGCCAGAGGCGGCGGAGACCUAGCAUAGUGUGUUCUUGGCGGCCUUGCCUGUUUGUGGAUGGCAUGGGAUAGAGACUACGUCUUAGAGCUAUGAAUUACGGUACACAAUGUAUCGGGCGGUAACAAUGCUAUUGCGGAUUUCAGGCGCGGAAUGUGCUCAACGCGAAGUCAUCAUUGUACCUCUUACGAAUACUCAUUAACCGAGCAUCUAACUACACAUGUCCUUGUAAUAAAGCUCCGACUUAGGAGCUCUGGAUAUGGAUCUCGAGAGUGGAACCUAGAGGAAAACUCCCAUAUGGAACAGGGAGAUACCUAGCGUAUAUCAUUUCCAUUCGGCUCGGUUCCUGGUCCAUUUACUGUCCCACCCCGUCCGUUCGAUGCGACUGGGUACCGAGGGACCCCUCCGGGUGUGGCCGUCACAUCGCUGGCUGCAUUGGGGUCGCAAACAAGCUGAUAAUUAAAGUUAGAUCCUAUGUAUUCCGCAAGGCACCAG